UUUCCAACUGCGUGCCGCUCUGCAACCUCGCCGCCUGCUGUUAGCCUGCUUGGCCCUUCUAGGUGAAAUAAGGGAUAAGUUACAUAGCGCGGGUCUCUGAACCCACCACGCUACUUCCUCGCACUUGGACCAUGCCUUCCUCCACUGAUGCAAACUGGCCAGAAAGCAUACUGAAGUUGUUCGAGUCCGUUCGUAUCCUACCACCUUACCGUCGCUAUCCCGCACCUUUCAACAGGCUCCUCCACCAUGUUGUCGCUGAUGAUUCGUACUCCCUCUUCGUUUCCAUGCACAACACCCCCUAUGACACGGCUCCGCUCGACCCCACAGACUUUUUUGUCUUUUAUUUGGUUACCACUCAACAGCAGGAGCCGGUUCUCAUUGUGGGGAUUAAAGACGACAGAUCCGACGGACUUAUUACGCGCCUGAAGGCGGAUGCCCAGAUACGCCAAUGGUACGAAGAGUUGCUUUGCCAUUGCCCCAUUCCUCGCCUGUAUGGAUUGAGCCUGCUGGGUACUUCCCUUCGCAUUUAUUGUGGCCAUAAGGACACAGGCGAUAUUACACCUUGCAUUGUUGACCGCCCCAGUGCGGAUUGUGUUUUGCCACUUGACUUCUUGGAGGGGGAGUGGGAUUUAGACCUCAUGUCUCCGGCUGGAUUCAACAGGAUGCAGGAGAUUGCUGCAUAUGUCAAGGCCGAAGUCGCCAAUAUUGAGAAUGAGGUAGAGGCUUGCCAGCUCUGAACCAAGUUAUCUCGUUCUCCGUGAUGUAAAUUCUACUCCCAUAGCUCAAAUUUUGCCGGGGUUUACUCUUUGCUUGAAGCUUCCAUUCGGCGCAGAAAUCCAGCCCCGCCGACAUAAAAAC